UCUCAACAAGAAUCUGCACAAAACAGAACAAAAAGGGAAAAAAGAAGACCCAUCUUUCUCUGGUGGAGUAAAAUCCCCCCUCUCCACCACAAAGGGAUUCAAUGAAAAAAUCCAGAAAAAACAAGAUGACCCUUCUCAUUUCCAUCUUCUUCUUCCUCCUCCUCCUCCUCCGCCUCUCCACCGCCGCUCCACCCGGUCCUCGAGGGUAUCUUCUCAAUUGCGGUGCCUCCCAAUUGGCCCCCAAGGUGACCGUCGGCAGCCUCCAAUACAUCACCGAUGAGGGCUUCAUCUCCGUUGGGAACAUCACAAAGCUUCCUGAUCCACAUCUGGUGCCGAUUCUGUCGACAUUGCGCUAUUUUCCCGACAAAUCGGCCCGGAAAUACUGCUACAUGAUUCCGGUGCUUAAGGGAGGCAAAUACAUGGUGAGGACGACGUAUUACUACGGCGGAUACGACGGCGGGAAGACUCCGCCGGUUUUCGACCAGAUUAUAGAAGGGACCAAAUGGAGCGUCGUUAACACGACGGAUGAUUACGCCAGUGGGUUGUCGUCGUUUUACGAGAUUGUGGUGGUGGCGAUGGGGAAGAUGAUGAGCAUUUGCUUAGCAAGGAACCAUCAUACGGAUCCGAGUUCGAGCCCAUUCAUUUCAGCUCUGGAGUUGGAGUAUUUGGAUGAUUCUGUUUAUAACACCACGGAUUUCAAGAACCAUGCUCUCAGUCUGGUUGCUAGAAGCAGCUUUGGACCUGAAGCUGAUGUCAUUGGCUUUCCAGAUGAUGUAUUCAACCGGCAAUGGCAUCCAUUUCUUGAUGAGCAUCCAGUGGUAACAUCCCAUGUGAACAUUACUCCUUCAACCUUCUGGAAUCUGCCACCAACGAAGGUGUUUUACAAUGGCAUGACGACGAGCCGGGGAAAGUCGCUCAAAUUCAACUGGCCUCCGUUCCCACUUCCAGAAGCCUACUACUACAUCUCGCUAUACUUUCAGGAUAAUCGGUCGCCGAGUCUUUAUAGCUGGAGGGUGUUCAGUGUUGUAAUAAAUGGCAAGACUUUCUUUUCAAACCUCAAUGUCUCUGCUAAUGGUGUGUCUGUUUACAGUGCGAGAUGGCCUUUGUCUGGACAGACCCUCUUAGAACUAAUCCCUGCAGACAACAUGCCUGUUGGCCCUGUGAUUAGUGCUGGUGAGAUCCUUCAGGUUUUUCGCCUCACUGGAAGAACGUUAACUAGGGAUGUGAUGGCAAUGGAGGACUUGGCACGAAGCUUGAACUACCCGCCCCACGAUUGGAGCGGCGAUCCUUGCUUGCCUAAGGAUCAUUUCUGGACUGGAGUUACUUGUUCAGAUGGAAAACUUGCUCGAGUUACCACUUUGAAUUUGACAAACUUUGGCAUAUCUGGGACGCUUCCUCCAAGCAUAAACAAUUUAACUGCGCUCUCUCAUCUUUGGCUUGGUAACAACAAGCUCUCAGGCAUUAUUCCUGAUAUAGGUUCAUUGAAGGAGCUACGAACACUGCAUCUGGAAAACAACCAAUUUGAAGGGAUAAUUCCUCAUUCGCUCGAGAAGCUUCCGCAUAUUCAUGAAGUAUUUCUCCAAAAUAAUAACAAUCUUAAGUCGAAAGCUCUCGAAGCACUGCAGAAGCUAGGCAUACACAUCGAGCUGUAGAAGCAGAAAUCUAUAUGGCUAUCUCAAAGGAUGGAAGAGACUAUAUGAAGAAGCUUAAGAGUUGCAGUAAUUGUUGCAGAAUUGGCAAUCAUAUUAUCAUAUUGUUAUUUUAAAAAAAAUAUAUUUUCAUAUGUU